AUGCCUGCGACCAGGAAGCAGGACUUGCCGGUCGAGAGCUCCUGGCGCAUGGUCGAGGGUGGCGAGAACGACAGUUUCGAUACUUCCAUCGUGCGUGACGACGACGACGAGGAACUCAUCCUUUCCAGCAACCCCUCCCAGCUGUCGGGGUCCCAGCCGUUUAGUAUCAUGGGUUCUCAGGAUGACAACAUCGAGAACUUUUUGGACAAGGCUGAGAAUGACGACCAAGUCAUCCUAAGGUCUCCUUUCCGACCAUCGGUUCCGCAGUCGGUGCGCCAGAGCUCGAGGGAAAACAUGAGGCACCGCUCUCCAGAUCCCGAGUUCUACAUGCCCACCGUUGAUGUUGACAGCCCCCGACGCGCCAGCGCCCGCUCCUCGAGAACAAUCCGGUCAGGUGGAUCUUCGGCGCCAGCGACUCGGCGCCGGCAGCCCAGUUCCAAGGCCAGUCCCAUGAAGCCUGGCCGCCGCUGGGAGCAAUCUGGAAGUCACUUUGAGGACCAGCCAAGCGGGUUUAGGGACAGGGUUUCAGGGUCGUUGCCUGGAGCAAUGUUUAACAUAUUGAGCUGGAUCCUUGGAGUCAUCGCCCUCGCAUUCAGCUAUGCGCAGAAACCACUCGCCAUCUUCCUCGCCAUCUACUUUGUUUUUGGCGGCCUGAUUAUUGUGCAAAACAUGGCGACCAAGUCCAUCUACGCGUCCUUGUCUCCGCUGUGCCGGGUACCAGGGGUGGCCUGGCUGGACUUGCCAUUCUGUCCAGCCAUCAUUCCCAAGGAUGCUCCCCACCCGGCCAGUGACAAACCAGUCGAGUUCGACGGGUUAAUGGACAUACAAGAACGAUUCGAGGAAGUUCUCGAAAAGUCUGCACAGGGUGUCUCGCUGCCUAUGGAGAUGAAGCGGUCGGAAACCUCUGUGCGUGAUCUUCGCACAAUGGUGCGAUACAGCAACCUUCAGAGCAAGGAGGAGCUCGUCCUGGAGUUUGAUGGAUACAUCGAGGCCGCGCGAACGGCAUCCAAUGAUCUGCAGAAGUUCAACACCCACGUCGGCUCUGCGGUGGACUCGGUCAUCAGCAUCAACAGAUGGACAUCACGGUACCUUGACGGCAUCGCCACUGAGCGCGACAGCGAGGGCUGGCUGAGCGAGUGGGCGAGCUGGAUCUUUACGCCAUUCCAACCCGCCGUAUUCUCGGAGCGCAUCCUGCUUGACAAAUAUGUUGAGCACACGUCACUCGUGUCGGACAAGAUCGCGGAUCUGAUAGUUGAGGCGCAAGCCGUGCUGCGCACUCUCUCCAAGGCGGAGGAUCACCUGGGAAUUAUCUACGACUUUGUCACACGAACGCAGAAGUCGAUACAGAGCCGCAAAGACGACAUCCUCUGGACGCUCUGGACGCUGGUGGGCGCCAACACCCGCCAUCUUCACAACCUCAACGGCCAGCUCUCCCUGCUCCGGCAGGUGGACAGCCAGCGCGCGGGCGCCGUCAAGCAGGUCAGCGAGCUGAUCGUCGAGCUCGAGAAGAUCCAGGCCGGGCUGGGCGACCUCCGCGAUAGGGUGGCGGAGCCGGAGCUCGCCCGCGGUAGGGUCGAGGUGCCGCUAAGCGUGCAUAUCGAGACUAUCAACAAGGGCGUCGAGAGGCUGGAGCUGGCAAGGGCAAGAAUAAGGGCCAUCGAGGACAAUAAGAUCAGGGAGGUCGAUAAGCUUGUCAUCUCCCAGCUGGGGAUCCUAGCCCAGCGACGGCUUGCCCGAGGUGUCAAGCUGAACCACUCGGAGGCAGUGGCCCUCAUUGCCAGCAACCUCCAUGAGCUCAUCCGCGAUGGCAACCACACCGUCGCUGAUCUGAUGAACCUGGGCUCGACCAUGCUUGGCCGCCGCCAUGUGUUGCCGUCGGUGACUUCCACGCUGAACACGAUCCAGGUCGAGGGGACCUUCCCGUCAGGUACCUACCUGGUGACGGUGCACCACCCCAUCAGCACCGACAACGGCGACCUGGAGCGGGCCCUGUACGGGAGCUUCCUGCCGGUGCCGUCGGAGGACUUGUUCCCGAUGCCCGAGGCGUCGGCCUUCGCCCAGGAGAACCAGCCCGGCGCCGUCAUCGCCGUCAAGGGCAUGUUGACGAUCAACGAGGGCCGGCGGCGCAUCCGGUUGCGCGUCACCAACAAGGGUGACCGGCCGAUCCAGGUGGGCAGCCACUACCACUUCAUCGAGGUGAACCCGCACCUCGAGUUCGACCGCGCCAGGUCGUACGGCUUCCGGCUCGACGUGGCCUCGGGAUCGUCGAUACGCUUCGAGGCCGGCGACGUCAAGACAGUCACCCUGGUGGAGAUCUCCGGCGGCAAGGUCAUCCAAGGAGGCAACGGCAUCGCCACGGGCAAGGUCGACCCAGACCGCAUCGACGACAUCGUCACCAAGAUGCAGAAGGCGGGCUUCGCGCACGCGCUGGAGCCGGCGGGCGACAUGGCCCACAUCGACGUAGCCACCCUGGACAGGGGAGCGUACGCGACCAUGUUCGGGCCCACGACGGGAGACCUGGUGAGGCUGGGGCUGACGGACCUGUGGAUCAAGGUCGAGAAGGACAUGACCGUGUACGGGGACGAGUGCAAAUUCGGUGGCGGGAAGUCGCUCAGGGACGGCAUGGGCCAGGCGACGGGGCGGUCCGACGCCGUGACCCUGGACAUGGCCGUGACCAACGCGCUGAUCGUGGACUGGACCGGCAUCUACAAGGCCGACAUCGGCGUCAAGAACGGCAUGAUCGUGGCCAUCGGCAAGGCCGGCAAUCCGGACGUCAUGGACGGCGUCACCCCGGGUAUGAUCGUCGGCAGCUGCACCGACAUAGUGGCUGGUGAGGGUAAGAUCAUCACGGCAGGCGGAAUCGACACCCACUUCCAUUUCCUCUGUCCGGAGCAGGCGGCCGAAUGUAUCUCUUCCGGGGUCACGACCAUCCUUGGUGGUGGAACAGGGCCGAGCGCCAACUCGUGUGCGACGACUUGCACUCCGGGCGCCAACUACAUGCGCCAGAUGCUCCAGGCCUGCGACCCGCUGCCGCUAAACGUGGGCAUAACCGGCAAGGGGUGCGACAGCGGGAUCGAGGGCCUCCGGGAGCAGAUCUACGCGGGGGCGUGCGGGCUCAAGGUGCACGAGGACUGGGGCGCGACGCCCAAGGCGAUCGACACGUGCCUCGAGGUGUGCGACGAGGAGGACGUGCAGUGCUGCAUCCACACCGACACGCUCAACGAGUCGGGCUACGUCGAGUCGAGCAUCGCGGCGUUCAAGGGCCGGGCGAUCCACACGUACCACACCGAGGGCGCGGGCGGCGGCCACGCGCCCGACAUCAUCGCCGUGGUGGAGCUGCCCAACGUGCUGCCGUCGUCGACGACGCCGACGCGGCCGUUUACGCGCAACACGCUCGACGAGCACCUGGACAUGCUGAUGGUGUGCCACCAGCUGUCGCGCGACAUCCCCGAGGACGUGGCCUUUGCCGAGUCGCGCAUCCGCGCCGAGACCAUCGCCGCCGAGGACGUGCUGCACGACCUGGGCGCCAUCAGCAUAAUGAGCAGCGACAGCCAGGCCAUGGGCCGGUGCGGCGAGGUCGUGCUGCGCACCUGGCACACGGCCCACAAGAACCGCGACCAGAGGGGCCCGCUGCCCGAAGACCGCGGCACCGACGCCGACAACUUCCGCGUGCGCCGCUACAUUGCAAAGUACACGGUCAACCCGGCCAUCGCUCAGGGCAUGGCCCACCUGAUCGGCAGCGUCGAGGUCGGCAAGCUGGCCGACCUCGUGGUCUGGGACCCUGCCUGGUUCGGCACCAAGCCCAGCAUGGUCAUCAAGGGCGGCCUGAUCGCCUACUCCAUGAUGGGCGACCUCAACGCCUCGAUCCCGACCGUCGAGCCGACCAUCGGCCGCCCAAUGUUCGGCCCCGCCGUGCCCUCGACGAGCAUCGCCUUCGUGUCGCGCGCCAGCGUCUCCGACGAGUCCGGCCGCGCCGCCCUGGGCUACGGCCUGGGCAAGCGCGUCGAGCCCGUCCGCGGCUGCCGCGACAUCGGCAAGAGGGACAUGCGCCUCAACGACGCCAUGCCCGCCAUGCGCGUCGACCCGGAGAGCUACGAGGUCGAGGCCGACGGCCAGCUCUGUACCGCCGCACCCGGCGGGGACAUGCCCCUGGCGCAGGCGUACUAUGUGUACUGA